CUUUGAGUCGCGAUAAUUCUUCUUCCACAUCGAUAACAGUCGUUGCUUUGUCACAAUAUGUAUAACGGAAUAGGGUUACAAACUCCAAGAGGGUCUGGUACCAAUGGGUACAUUCAGAGCAACAAGUUCUUCGUCAAGCCGAGAACUUCCAAGGUUGCUGAGAACAUGAAGGGCUUUGAAGGAGAUCAGGGUACUGCUGGUGUUUCCAGAAAGGCUAACAAAGAGAUUCUUGAGCAUGAUCGUAAGCAUCAGAUUCAGCUCAAACUUGUUAUUCUUGAAGACAAGUUAAUUGAUCAGGGUUAUACUGAUGCUGAGAUCGCUGAGAAACUCGAGGAGGCUCGCAAUAGCUUGGAGGCUGCAGCUGAUGAAAAUGAUUCCAAUUUGGACAAGGUUUCUAAUACACAGACUCAUCAAAUUGCUGCUAGAAAGGAAAGGCAGAUGGAAACAUUGAAAGCUGCUCUUGGCAUAGUUUCAUCUGAAGCUAAUGAAUUAAAUGCAGAAGGGAAUGAUGAGGGGCCUGACAAUGAAGGGAAAGAUGUUUCUUUUGCUGAUGCAAAACAUAUUCUGAAACCUGAACAUUCCUUUUUGGACAGAGAUUUCAGUCGGAAGAAACAACUGGAGGUAAUUCAAAAAGAAGAAACUACUAAGAAAAAGGGUGUUAAAGACACAAAGCACCACAAGAAGGGUGGGACUCUCAAGAAAAAGUACAAGGAUGAUUCAUCUGAUUCAGAUAGCAGUACGGAUGAUGAGAAGACAGGUAGAAGGAAGCACAGUAGGGUUGAUACUGACAGUAGUGAUCGAUCUGAUUCUGAUAGUGAUGCUAAGAGGAAGGUCAAGGCAAAAAAGAAGCAAAAGACAUCUAAGCACCACAAGAAAGGCAGGGUGGAGGACAAUGAUGAUACUGAUUUUAGUUCUGAUACUGAUGACAGCACCCGUGCAAGAAAAAGUAAUAAAAAACCAGAAAAGGCUAGUAAGAGGCAUGAUUCAGAUGGUGAUUCUGAUCAUCAUGAAGUCUUACAUAGGCAUAAGACUAAAGAAGUGGAGGGACAUAUGAAGAUGAGCAAACGUUAUGAUUCCGAAGAGGAAUCUGAUGCUGAUAGUGAGGAAGAGAAACAUGGUAGACUUGAGAAGCAGAAAACGAGAAGGUAUGGUUCUAUUAAUGAGGACUCUGGUAGAGUCGGUGUUAAGCAUGCUUCAGGACAAGACAAACGUGUUAAAAGGCGAUCAUACUCUUCCUCUGAUGAGAGUCGCAGUGAUAGUGAUUCGGGCAGCAGUGAUAGUGAUCGCAGGUAUGAAAGAACUAGAAAAAGUGGGGUUGUAGCAAAGAGAGGUCUACCAAAGAAGCAAAUAAAUGUCAGAGGUAAUGCUGCCGAAAAAGAGAAAAAUAGUGCUAAUGUUGAUGGAUUGGAUUCUUUAAGAAAAUCUUAUAGGAGAGAUUAUAAAGAGGGUUCAAAUUCUAGAAGUCAGGCAAUUGCAAAGGGUGACAAGAUUGAUGAAGACAGAGAUAGGGAGACUGUCAAAUUGGCUAAGCAUGGUGUAGAGGAUAGGAAGUUUGGUAAAAUAGAGUCUGAGUCAAAAUCUCGAAUUUAUCAAAAUGAAAAUCAAGAAAGAGAUGAUUAUUCUAAGUCAGCUAGGCUCGGAGGGAAUGAUAAUGAAACUGAGCGGAGAGGCAGAAAUUAUAACAGGGAUGUUGAAUCACAAUCUGUUGGACGAAUUGAUCAGAAUAGGGAGGAUUAUGACACAAGAACAAAAGGAAGAAAUGAUAAUGAUUAUAAAAAGGAUCAAGAUGACCAUGGAGAAAAAAAACAUGGAAGGAAUGAAUAUGACCGCACAGGAAGAAAGCAGUUAAGGGAUGAGGAUGGUUCAAAAGAUCGAGUGCUUAAAAGGGAUGGGGAAGACCAUCCUGAGAAAAAGAGCUUAAGAGAUGAGGAUGGUCGUGGAGAGAGAAAACAUGGAAAUGAUGAAGAUUAUCCUACAGGAAGAAAGCACUUGAGGGAUAGACAAUAG